AUGUACGUCAAGAAGCGCGACGGGCGUCAGGAACGCGUCCAGUUCGACAAGAUCACAGCUCGUGUCUCACGGCUGUGUUAUGGUCUUGAUGUAGACCAUGUUGACCCAGUGGCCAUCACCCAGAAGGUUAUCUCUGGUGUGUACGGUGGCGUCACAACCGCCCAGCUUGAUGAUCUGGCCGCCGAGACUGCCGCGUACAUGACAGUCACUCACCCUGACUAUGCCAUCCUGGCUGCCCGUAUUGCCGUAUCCAACCUCCACAAACAGACAAAGAAGCAAUGGUCGGCUGUGGUCAGCGAUCUCUACCACUAUGUCAACCCGAAGAACCGAAGGGAGUCCCCCAUGAUUGCCAAGGAGACAUACGAGUGCGUGAUGCGCCACAAGGAAGAGCUGGACUCGGCCAUUGUCUAUGACCGGGAUUUCAACUACCAAUACUUCGGCUUCAAGACUCUGGAGCGCUCUUACUUGCUCAAGCUCGAUGGCAAGAUUGUCGAGCGGCCCCAGCACAUGAUCAUGCGUGUUGCUGUUGGCAUCUGGGGUGACAACGUGGAGCGUGUCAUCGAGACGUACAACCUCAUGUCCAGCAAGUUUUUCACACAUGCCUCCCCGACUCUCUUCAAUGCCGGCACUCCCCAAGCACAGCUGUCAUCCUGCUUUUUGGUCGACAUGAAGGACGACAGCAUUGAUGGCAUCUACGACACUCUCAAAACCUGUGCUAUGAUUUCGAAGAUGGCGGGCGGUAUUGGUCUGAACAUCCACCGCAUCCGUGCCACUGGCUCCUACAUUGCGGGCACAAACGGCACUUCCAAUGGCAUCAUUCCCAUGCUCCGUGUGUUCAACAACACCGCUCGCUACGUCGAUCAGGGUGGCAACAAGCGCCCCGGUGCCUUUGCCAUUUAUCUUGAGCCCUGGCACGCUGAUGUCUUUGAGUUCCUUGACCUCCGGAAGAACCAUGGUAAGGAAGAGGUCCGCGCUCGCGAUCUUUUCCUGGCCCUUUGGAUCCCGGAUCUCUUCAUGAAACGCGUUGAAAAGAACGGCGAGUGGACUCUCAUGUGCCCCAACGAGUGCCCUGGUCUUGCCGACUGCUACGGUGAUGAGUUCGAGGCGCUGUACGAGAAGUACGAGAAGGAGGGCCGCGGUCGCAAGACCAUCAAGGCUCAGAAGCUGUGGUAUGCCAUCCUUGAGGCUCAAACUGAGACCGGCAACCCCUUCAUGCUCUACAAGGACCACUGCAACCGCAAGAGCAACCAGAAGAACCUCGGUACCAUCCGCAGCUCCAACCUGUGCACUGAGAUUGUCGAGUACUCGGCGCCUGAUGAGGUCGCUGUCUGCAACUUGGCUUCGCUCGCCCUCCCUCAGUUUGUUGACUACAGCGAGGGUGUCUAUGACUUCCAGAAGCUGCACGAGGUCACUCAAGUUGUCGUCCGCAACCUGAACAAGAUCAUCGACGUCAACUACUACCCUGUGAAGGAGGCCCACAACAGCAACAUGCGCCACCGCCCCAUUGGUGUUGGUGUUCAGGGUCUGGCCGAUGCUUUCUUGGCUCUGCGCAUGCCCUUCGAAUCCCCCGAGGCCCGUGAGCUGAACAAGCAGAUCUUUGAGACCAUCUACCACGCUGCGCUGACUGCCUCGUGCGACUUGGCCAAGGAGCAAGGCACUUACUCGACCUACGAAGGCUCCCCUGUAUCCCAGGGUAUUCUUCAGUACGACAUGUGGAACGUUAAGCCGACUAGCCUUUGGGACUGGGAUUCCCUCAAGGCCAAGAUCAAGGAGCACGGUGUGCGCAACAGCUUGCUCCUGGCUCCCAUGCCCACGGCCUCCACCUCGCAAAUUCUGGGCAACAACGAGUGCUUCGAGCCCUACACCUCGAACAUCUACCAGCGGCGUGUGUUGGCGGGUGAAUUCCAGGUCGUCAACCCCUGGCUUCUGAAGGACUUGGUUGACAUGGGUCUCUGGUCCGACAACAUGAAGAACCGUAUCAUCGCCGAGGGUGGUUCCAUUCAGAACAUCCCCAACAUCCCGGCCGACAUCAAGGCCCUCUACAAGACCGUCUGGGAGAUCUCUCAGCGUACUGUGGUCCAGAUGGCGGCCGACCGUGGUGCUUUCAUUGACCAGUCCCAGUCGCUCAACAUCCACAUGCGUGAGCCGACCAUGGGCAAGAUCACGAGCAUGCACUUCACCGGCUGGAAGCUGGGUCUCAAGACGGGCAUGUACUACCUCCGUACCCAGGCUGCCGCGCAGCCCAUCCAGUUCACCGUCGACCAGGAGGCGCUUCGUGUCCAAGACACGAACGUCGGCAAGGCGGCCUCCGGCUUGAAGAAGCGUGCCCCCCCGCCGGGCAGCUACAUGUCGUCCCCGACCGCGGUGCCCCGUCCCAUGGCGUUUGUUAAUAAGGAGAGCCCGCUUAACGGAACUGCCGACGCGGCCAACGGUGUCGCCACUCCCACCACCCCACCCCCUCUGGCCCCGUCUGAGGCCAAGGCUCGCAUCCUUGCAUCGCCGUCUAAGCCGCCGGCGUUCAAGGCUGAUGUCGACGAGGGUGACAGCCCCAAGACGCUCCCCACCGAGCCCACUGACAAGCCUAAGGCGGCGGACAUUGGCUCGCCCGUCCUCAACUCUAAGAAAGAUUCCGAGGACAAGGAGGAGGACAGCAAAGAGCGGGAGCUCGAUAUCUAUUCCGAGGCGGUUCUUGCUUGCAGCAUCGAGAACCCCGAGGCGUGUGUGAUGUGCAGCGGUUGA